AUGUUACGCGCUUUGAGUAUUCAACCAACAGCGCAAGACAGCGCGUUUUUAGAAUUAGAACGCCGUGAAGAACAAAAAAGGAAAGCGCGUGCACCAGCGGAAAUUCGUUACAAAAAACCUAGACAUCAGCUUAAAAGUUCUAGUGAUUUCUUGGAAACUAUAAGACCUCCACCACGAGCUCAAUGUAAUCGUAAACAGGCUCAAAAAUCUGACAUUCUUGCCGAUACUCCAGAAAAGAAAGCUUUAGAAGAAAAACGUCAUAUAAAAGAAAUGAAAAAGAGGAACAUGUCAGUCAAUAACCAGUACAAAGGAGGCAAAAAGAUUAAGCAAAGGGUAAAGGGAAAGAUUAAGGAAAGCAAGGCAAAAGGAGAUAGAAAAAUAAAUAAAGACGAGAAAGUAGAAAAAGUAAAGAAAAAGAUAUUAAAAUAA